AUGACAGGAUUGCCUCUCGGUUUUAAAGGCACAGAACGCACACUUAAGCCAUCAGCAGAAGAACUAAGAGAGAUUUAUACAUCACUACUUCAAGACCAAGACCUAGACCCAAAGAUCAAGCAGGUCCUCACAGAGCAAUCUUUCGUUGUAUCCAAUUUCACGUCGAGCCUUGUAGAGCGUUUGGAGCUCAAAUACGUUCAUCCCAAUACCAAGGAUCCCCCAACCGAACUGGAACACUGUCCCAGUGAAAUGGUUCACACACACGACGGCGAGAGCUGUGACGAGCUGGAGGAUGGACAGGAAUUCGGACAGGAUUCCGCGCAGAACGACGAUCAGGAAGGAGAAGGCGUCGAUGUUUACGACGAGAGAACAUCCGUAAAUGUCGAAGCCUUGGACAGGGUGGACGACUUUGAUUCGGGCGAGAGCUACGACGAGGACGAUUUUGAUGAGGAUGACGAGGAUGAUGAAGAUGACGAGGAUGAUGAGGACGACGAGGACGACGACGAUAAUGAAGAUGAUAAGUCGGAUUGUUAUGACGAGGUAACGGAACUGGAUGAAGUCAGUGACGCAGACGACUCGGAUGUCGUCGACGGAUAUUCGCAUUAUUAUGGCCAAAGCAAAGCAACACAAGCAAUGCUGGAAGAGGAGCGCCGCAAGUUUGCAGCCAUCUACAGUAUCAGAGGUGGCGACUCGAAGCGUCAGGAGGAGUUCCGGAAACGAAAGGUUUUGGAAGAACAGAAGAGGAAGCAAGAAGAAGAACGCAUCCAAAUUCUUCAGAAGCUGCGACUUGAGGAUGAAGAACGUCGCAAGAAAGAGCUGCAGGAGAAACAACGGAAAGAAAAACUGGACAUGGAACUGCGCAAGAAGCGUGAGGCCGCCGACGCAGAUCAAAAGGCGCGGUCGUUCUUGUUCGAAAGUGCCAGGAAAAAAGAUCUUGCGACCAUCAAGUUCAUGUUGGAAGGCGAUUCUGCCAAAGCGGACGGAAAGCCUAACAUCCCUUCAUUCGGGACAGGACCACCAACGCGCUUGAAUGGCUGGGAAUACGUGACGACAGUGGAAGGGGCUGGCGAAAUCAGCGAGGAGAAGGGCGCUCAAGAAACUCUUUUGCACGUUGCUGUUCAAUCUGGAUCUCUCGAACUGGUUGUAUACCUGAUUGAAUUCGGUGCACCAAUGGACGCACUGGAUUGCGCUGGACGAACACCUUUUCAUUCGGCCGUGGAAAAUGGUUGUCCAAUCAACAUCAGCAAACUAUUGCUGGAGAAAGCGCCUCAUCAUGUUGACAGGCCCAGCGCUAUAGCAGGAAAGACCGCGUUGCACUAUGCAGCAGAGAAUGGCGAUGCAGAACUGGUGGCCCUGCUUAUCCAACAUCACGCUCGAGUCACUGUCACGGACGCCAAUGGCAACACCCCUGAAAUGCUUGCUAGAGGGGUUUUGAGCCGCGACAAACCCUCCAAAUCCAAGGCGCAGAAAUACAAAGCCGCGAUUCAACAUAUUCAGAAGGCGAUUGCCGUGAUCCAGGAGGCUCAGAAGGCGAAGGAUGCAAUCCUUGAGGAACAGAGGAAGAAGGAAGCGGAGAUGGCGCGUGAGGAGGCUGAAAAGGACAUGGCAGCGCGCAGGAAGCAGGAAGAAAAGUUGGAGGCUGCCCAGCGGAGACGUGAGGAAGAAGAGAAGGAGCUGACCCGUCUCAAGGCUUUGGCUGCUGAUCCUCACGGGCACAACGGCGGUGGCGGAGGAGGAAACAAGAAGAAAAAGAAAAAGAAGGGCAAGGGUGGCCAGGAUGUUCAGCCAGCUACCAAGGAACCUACAGUGCCCAAGGCUGCUGUCAAUCACCUUUUGGACAGCCCUGUCCUCGUCAAUGCACCUUCGCCUCUUGGAUCGCCAGCACCAUCUCGACCUUCAUCGACUGCUUCGCCUGUGCCACCUGCACUGUCUCCCGUGGUCUCCCAAGCUACUCCUCCAAAACUUGCACCGGCUGCACCAAGUAACGUACCCAUCACCAGCACGACAUCUUCGGUCAUUUCUCAUCCCAAGUCCCGUUCUCAAUCCCCUGUGCCGGCUGCUGCUCCCAAGCCGACUGUGGUAGUACCCUCUCCAGUUCCAAAGAGGGCAACCCAACUAGCAAGCACCCCAUCCCCAACCAUUCAGCCUCGACUUGUCAGGACGUCGUAUCGCCCAUCUCAACUUGUCGUGACCCGAAUGGCAGAUAUGGGCUUCCCGGAACGGGAAGCAAGGAAGGCGCUCAUGCAGACGGAAGGCAAGUUCGAGGAGGCCAUCGAGCUGCUGACUACAGGUGCGGAACUCGUUGACGAUUCGGAGGACGAGGCCGAAAUUGCAGCUCAGGAGGCAGCUGAACAAGCAGCACGACAGGCAGUUCAGGAAUCUGAGAAGGAGGCAGCGCGCUUGGUAGCCCAACAAGCAGCCCAGCGAGCAGCGCGAGAGGCCGCUUCGGAAGCAUCGCGGCUGAAAGCAAAAGCUGCUGAAUUCGUUCCGUCAACACCAACAUCUGCCAAGCAGAAAGCUGCGCCAGCUACUUCGCCAACGAAUACAACAUCAGGAAAGACGGCUGCGAGAGCGGCAGCAGGAGAUGCCAAACCAUUGAACACUCAACAAUCUGGAUCCUCCCAGAGGCAAAACCAUGUUUCUGCUCAAAAGGGAGCUGUUCAUCACCCUGUCCAGAUCCUGCAGCGAACCCAUCCUGUGGAUCCUCAGGCCCAGAUACGAUCUGUCCCUACUCAAGUGCUGCAACGACCCCACCCUCAUACCCACGUCCGCAGCCCACCGACCGCCAACACCCCCAAGGGUUUCACUCCCGGCCAGGUGACUCCAGCGCCUCUCCCAGGCUCUAUGCCAACCCCAACCCCAGUCAACACCACACCAUUCCUUCCCGCGCGCACUCAGCCACCCCAACCACCGACACGAGCCCCUUACUCCUAUAGGUCUGCCCCCGUUCAAGCGCAGUCUCAUACUGCACCUACAGCUACGCCGGCAGCUUCCAAUGACACACCAACAUCUGCCCAGUCCAGCGAAGGCAUGCAACAGACACCAUCGAAUAUCGUGGCAGGACCAGAAUACCAACGACGAGAAAGCGCGGGCAGUCUUGGAGGAAUGCAACAGCAUCCGAUGAUUGGAUCCAUCGUUCCAGAAGGAUUUAUUGCAGGCACAUGGGAUACACAGCUGGGUGUCCACGACAUGCCGCCAAAUAUCCAUCACGAUCAACUCCGGAUCGACACAACUAGCGCACCAUCGGCUAUUCAGAGCAACCUUUGGGGAGCAAGUUCACUCCUUCCUUCGCCAAUGAGGACGAUCGCCGCCCACAGCCCCAAUGCAUUCCAGUCGCCACUCUCAGCCAUCGCACCCACUGCCAACCAACAUCUUUCCGAUUUCCAACACCAACACCAACGAGCACCGCCCGCGCUCUUGGCGGCCAGUAUGGACGAAAUGCUCCGUCAAAGCCAGAUGGAUAUGGACCUUGGAACUGCAGAUGGAGACAUGGUGAAGGACAUCUUGGCCAUGACCGGCGCCAUUGAUCCCGAUGACCUCGUCGAUAGUCUCGCAGGUUACGGCGGCAUCAGCCCUGGCUGGUCCGACAAUAAGCCAAACAUCGCCCCUUUGUUGCCUGCUGUGGGUGAGGGAAGAGCAUCGACUGCACCUGCCGGUUCUAAGAAUCCAGUCGCCAGUCUGUGGGGCUAUGGUGCGUUUGUGCAGGAUAUUGUCCCCGCCGACAACUCUUGGUCGUCAACUCCCUCACAGAGAGCUGACCAGCAAACAGGAAGGAUCCCAAUCGUCUCCAACGGCUUCACUUCUUCAACGUCUUCAUCUUCAUUGGACUAUCACCAUCAAUGGAACUCAGGGUCGGCAUUCCAUUCUAUGGAAGUGGGAUCUGCAGCUUCGACGUCGUCGAUGUACCAACGGCAUAGCCACCUCUCAUCCUCCUUGCCGAUGGUUCCCGAGAACGGACGGGAUGCCCAGAUGGCUUCGUUUAUCGACAACCUGUUUGGGUCUCCCGGGCCGGUCCACGUCCCUACCUCUUACCCUCCUGGAAUCGGCGCUCAUUCGAGAACAGGAAUGACCCCGACCGUCUCGAACAGCAGCAUACCCUCCAACGCCUAUCACCGUGGAUCGGUCCACGACUCCUUUUCAGGAUACCCUUCCAAUCCCACCAUUUUUGACAGCAAUGCCAUUGAUGGCGGUGGCAGUAACACCGGGAACAGAGGCUAUUUGAACAGCAACAACGACAGCGACGACUAUGGCAUGAAUGCUGGUCAGUCGCCGGUCAACUCUUUGAAAAGUACCUAUAAUGGCUCUCUUGGCGGAGUCUCGCAGAAUCCUACCAAUGGGCCGCCCUACCCCAACAGCAUGUUUUCGCCCACAGGAUCCAACAUGAGCAACAACAACAAUGGCUACACGGCCUACUCGUCGGCUUCUAGUUUCUCGAGCCACCAAGCACCGUCUCAUUCUUUGGAGUCUAUGCAUCCGAGCCCGGGCGCGAAUGGAGGCGGUCGAGGAUCAAUCUCAAGCAGUAACGACAGCAAUGGCAUGGGCGUCGGUGUUGGAGCGAUUGGAUCUGGGAGUGGGUUUAUGAGCAAACGUCCUUCUUCAGACAUGUCGUCGAAUGAAUCACCAGGAAUCCAGGCUCUGAACCAGGCGCUCGCCUUUUCUCGAUACCCAAAACUGAACACCCCUGUCGGCAACGGCGGCGGUGACGGCGGCAACAACGGACCUACCCCUGCAGCCGGAGGCGCUGGUGGUGGUGGUGGUGGUGGUCAUGAUCAAGGCCACGGUAUGACGACGACAGCUACAACACAGGCUCCUAAUGGCGCCUGGCGCCAUCCAUAG